GCGAAGGCGUCGUUCAAUGGAGCAACGUCUAUCUGAAGCACUAUCUCUCCAAGUCAUCAAACUCAUUUCUGCUCUAACAGAAGAUAAUGCACCGUUGUCUCGUGCCCAUCCGACGCCUAGCAGAAACCGGGCAAGCCAGAAAACCGGACGAGACACCGAAAGAUCACCGUCCAGAAAGCAGACGACGCAACAGGCGCUGCGGCAGUGACGUCACGGCGACCACGAAGGGGGAGGAGGCAGGCGCGGGCAUCCUCCUCUCAGCGCCGUCGUCUGUUGUUGUUAUUGUCGGCCGAGGAGCAGCGCGCGUCGGUAGCUCGACACUUUGAGGUUUAACACCGUACGGAAGCAGUGCCGUGUAUAGGUGACUGGACUACGGUGACCCGGAGCGGAGAAGUCGCCUUUUGUUGACGGACGACGUGAGGCAUGGCGUCGGUUGAAGACGACGACGAAGCGCUGCCGAUCCUCCUCCGACUCAGCGAACCUCUACAUCAACAGCAUCCAAGUGAUGCGGACUCUGGAUACGAGGCGUCGCCUGCCUUUUUCACGCGAGCUUUCUUUGAUUUCGAACCUGAGCCUUCAGGGACUGAUAAUGAUGUGGUUGUCAUCGGUCGUCAGUGGGAUGGCACGGCGGUAGAACACGAUGUCCGAGCAGAAGUCGCCACGCAAACCUGGCCAGGGGACGCCUUGGACACGAAUGGAGGUUCGGUACCAGAUGUAGUGCCACUGGCAGAAGUGCAGGUUCAACAGCGAGUCCGGUGGGCUCAAGUGGGUGCCAUCCUGCGGAGGCUUAGCGACGACUUCAGUAAUAUGGUCCACUACGACGACACGCCUCAAGAUUCGAGGAGGCCCGACUGAUUUGCUCAUCUCCCCCACCUUGUGUACAUAGAUCGUGUUUAUCAAAUCCACUGCCACCUUGAAUACAUAUACAUAUUCAUAUGCGGACGCUUAGCAGACGAACAAGUGUGGACAUGGAUUAUCUUGGCUACGGACGGUACUUCGGUUUAUCGUCUGCUUACCCAUGGUUGCCGGAGGGCCAUGUAGCAUGAAGUGAUCUCAUUCUCCUACAGGCAUAGAGCUCAAUGUCUAUGAAGAAGAACGCUAUGGGCCCAAUUACUUUGUGACAUCAUGUUACGAAGCCCUAUUGGCUUGGACGGUGUCACGUGUUUUUGUGCGAUUUUUGGAGCAGACGCCGUUUUUGUUAGGCCCCGUUUUGUGGCGUCCUUUUGUAUUUGUAUUAAACGAUUGAAAUCUA